AUGGUUACGCUUAAGCCUUUCUUGAUCCUUGCGCUUAUACUGAAUGCGUUGGGCUUUUUGCAGUUCGGCCACGCCUUGCCAUCCAUCGGACACUAUGGCAAGCGAUUUGACCCAAUAGCCGGCAUUGACUUCAUACAGAUAUGUCUGAACAAUUGUGCGCAGUGCAAGCAAAUGCUGGGCGACUACUUCCAGGGCCAAAGUUGCGCCGAGUCCUGCCUAAAGUUCAAAGGUAAAGCGAUACCCGACUGCCAAGACAUCGCCUCCAUAGCGCCGUUCCUCAAUGCACUCGAGUAG